AGGUACUAGACUUCUUAAUUAAACUAGGCUUUUGAGAUCGUUUAUAAACUUGCCCAAAGCUUGAGAUUAGGUAUACACCCAAUAGAAGUCACCACAGACCUCCAGGUUUAACAGAUGAGUCUCGGCAGAUUUCCUUAGAGACCUUUGGAUUGACGUUGGAUCACAGGGCAGGGACAACAUGACGUCCCGCUACAUCAAUGCUCUGGACUAUGCUGAUAUCAAUGCCAAGCGGAUCUUGAAGAAGCAUGCCAAGAAACGCCCCCUAGGGGAACUUGAGAGCAGAUUGAGAUACACCCCUGCUCAGCCAGUGUUGUCAUGUCGUACUGUAGACAUUGAUGUGAGUGGGACACGGACGUAUCGUUCACGGUCCACGACAGAUAUCAUCACAGAGCAGCACAAACUCAUUCACAAUCUCUACACAAGGACCAGUCGGAAUAUAACAUCAGCCCCAAACAGGAGAAAUGGUGCAGACCCCAGGACAGACGAUGACUUCGCGAGGAGGCAGAGAAUCAACAUUGAAGUACAUGGUCGACCUUUGACCUCACAGUCUCAAUCUUCACUACAACAUACAAACCGGGCCCAUUCUUCAACACGUCGGCCCAAAACGACAGGAAAUCAUAAGAAAGUCUCAUUUCUGUCUCAAGACCUGAGUAUCAACAAAAAUACAAAUGCUGAAUAUUUGGAGACUAGCCGUGAACAUAAAAAAUUGACAGAGAAGAUACAUGAGCAUUGGGACCCCGGAAACCACGACCUUAACACUGGUACUUUUGUGCGAGGACAACAGAAGCCAGAUGCUCCACCCAGCCUCGAAGCUGGUUGGCUCACAUUUGGGGGCGUCAACAGUGAAGAGACCUCUGGAGUUAUAGAUGCUUUUGCUCAACUGAGAGAUGAUGAGGAGUACUACAAUAUCGAGGGAAAGGUUGGAAGUCGAGUUGCACAGCAGUUACAAAAAGGAGACAAAAUUCGUGUUGGCAUCAAUGGCCGCAUCCAAUCUGAAGAUCUGAAAGUAAAACGCCAGGACAGCUGUCUCAGCAGGCAGUCAACAGAAUUUGAGAAAGCUGAUAAAGAAAACAUGGAAAAGACAGUUAUCCCCCUUUGUUGGGAUGAUGAACUGACAACAUCAAAAGUGAUCUCUCCGCGGGAACAGAAGGAUGAUGGUCCAAAACCUGUGAUGAGCGAGACUCACCCAGUAUUUUUCACACAUGAGAAAAAUGAACUAAGACGUCCUAAUCUGACCAAAAAUUCCACAAAGCAAGGCCCACCAAAGCCUCCAGAGGGAUUUAAGAUCAAGCACAGGAAGAAAUCGCGACAGAGUUUGGAUGGUCAGGAGGAUGAGAAGAUCAUGGUGAUCACUAUAGACCAGAAGUCUUCACAGGAUGAGAACAAACUACAGGGGCUCUCUGUAGAUGAUGUGCUCAAAAACAAACUCAAUGGUAAUAAGGCCCCUACUGACAGUGUUAGUGACAUGGAUAUCAGUACUAUACAGGACAGUCCAAGGACUGGAGGUCGCACCCCAUCAGAAGAUUUACGGAAUACUGCCAAAAGUAACAUGUCUGAUUCCACCUUCAGUGUGGAGCCUCUAAGGAUCGCCACACCGAAAUCCAAACCAGUAUCACCUCCGUAUGUCUCUAAGAAUGUACCCUCUGAUCUAAUUGUUGGGCCAUCAUCAGGAAACUUAGCAGGGCGAGUAAAAUCUGCUUCCUCUACCAGUAGAUCAAGUCGAGCAGGAAGUGAGCGAGGCAGUGCCAAGUACCACAAUAGGCCAACCCCACCCAAACCUCUCCACACCUUCAGCACACCAUCCUCGUUUAAUGUUUAUGGCACGCGUGGAGAGACAGAGUUCAUUCAGAUCACAUCACAGAUUCGUAACCCAAAUCCCCCUCCCCCUGUUCCUCACUCCAGUCCUCUAAAGGAAUCCUAUAUAGCUCAGUCCUUUAGUGAUGAGGCCAUCCGACAGGUGGUACAGCAAAAUAUACCUGUGUCUGAGGAAAACCAUCAGCCAGCUCCAGCAUCUACUCCAGACAUCCCUGAUAUCUGCCCACCUAAACAGGAAGAGGAAAUGGAUCCACCUCCCCCAACCCCACAACCUGACCUCCGCACCACAAGUCCAGGGAGCACAGGUCUAGCUAUAAGUAUUCCCACAGCUGAGGAGAUUUCUGACCGUGAUGUGGACUCUACUGUUAAUUCUCCAUGGGCUAGCCAGCGAGAUAAUGUAAUCGGUAGAGAGAACGGUCAUCGUGGCACCUCAAAAAGAGAGGCUGCCUACAGAGACUCGCAGAUUGAUCAAAUUACCUCCCUUUUGAAGGGAGCAAUUGUUGUUCCCACCGACAAAGGUAGUUCAUAUGUUGUUGAAAAAUCAGUUAAAUUUCAGGAAGGUAGCUAACAAUCUCAGUUUGUUAUUUAAUAUAUUCAGUAUAUUUGUGAAUUAAUUAUUGCCUUAGUUAAUGACAGUAUCACUUAAUUUGCUUGAAAGGAUAAAUUGUUUCACCAUUUUUGUUAAUGUUUACUUACCAGUAUGUACCCCUGUUAUUGAGUUUUUCAUAUCCUGAAUUUCCACAAAAACUUUUCAUAACACAUGGUCAUUGAGUGACAGAGGAUGACAUUUACAUGGCUUUAGUGAGUUGUAGUGACUAUCUUAUUACCUUAGUGUGUCUAGUCUGAUACAAGUUCUGGUUUUAUACUUGUGUCACAUCCAGAGAAUAAAUGUAUCAAUCAUAAAAUCUAAGGAACCCCCUCACUGUCAGUAUACAUACAAUACUGUCAGUAUACAUAUACUGUACUGUCAGUAUACAUAUACUGUACUGUCAGUAUACAUAUACUGUACUGUCAGUAUACAUACUGUACUGUCAGUAUACAUACUGUACUGUCAGUAUACGUACUGUACUGUCAGUAAACAUACUGUACUGUCAGUAUACAUACGGUACUGUCAGUGUACAUACUGUCAGUAUAUAUACGGUACUGUCAGUAUACAUAC